AUGCCUAUUGCUACUCAUAAAACGAUAGUCUAUAAGACUCCAGAAUUGACUACAACAACGUAUGAAGCUAUAAAGUCUUAUAUUGCACGAAAAAAUAGUCAAGAAGGCACAGAUGGUAAUAAGGAGGAACAAAAGGUAAGCCAUCAACACUCCAACGUAGAAGCUAGUUCAUCAAACAAGCUAGAUGCGACCGUGAUUCAACAACAGCUUCAGGCUUUGGAAGUGAAAUUGGAGGUAUUGAAAGGCAAAAAGCAUAAUCUAUUUCUGGAAUUAAAAAAGGUAUUACAUGGAGAAGAUAAUAAUAGGAGAAAUGUUAAAGAACAAGUUAAUGCUGAUACAAAUCCUUCGAAGCCUGCUGCUACAUCAACUGAAGCGGAAGGCAACAGUAAGCCAAGUUCUGCAGACAGCGCCCAUGGAGAAAUUUCUGCGAUCGAAACCAUCACUACUACUGUAAAGCGUGAACGUGAUGACUCUACUAAUAAUGAUGUAACUCCAUCGCAUAAACAGAUGAAGUAUUCUAUGCUGCAACAAAAUUAUCCUUAUAGCCCCUUUUACAUGCAAAACUAUCGGCAUUUUAACCAUAAUAAAAAUUACCGUUCUCCACAGAAAAAUCCAGAGGAGCAGUCAUUUACGAGACCAAUACAUGUCCACCCACACCUUGCUCAUGGAAUAUCUCCAUUCCAUCUUCAACAAAGAUUUGCAACCAACCCUCAACAACUUCUUCCUCAACAGCCGUCUCCAAUGUUUUUUCCUGGUCAAAUGCAUCCUCUACUAAUGCCACAGAUGGGACUACCGUCUAUCCAGCAGUCUCUAGUUAUCAACCAGUGCGAACAACUCCUCCGACCACCCAACAUGACACCACCGUCAGUAGAUGGCAGUCGUGAUAAGCCCCCUUUCUACUCCAUAAUUUAA